UUUCAUGUAUUUUUGUGUGACCACAGGUGUUGUUUACAACAUGUGGACAUUACACUUUUUAAUUUCUGAAUCGUGACGGAUUCGCGUGGACUUAUGGAUACGGUCGGCGGUAACCACUGGCGGGGACGUACGAGGAGCGCGCGAGCCGACUGCAAACAACAAACCGGAGCGCGAGCUGACGAGUCCAAUGUACUGCGGUGUCUGAGCGUGGGAAACACGGAAGAAGACCAUGACAUGGAGGAGGACACCGGCCUCUUCAAGCAGGACAACCUGGAGCGCAGGGUCAUGGCGCCCCGCUACAGCCUGCUGCGGGAGGUGGGCCGGGGCACAUACGGCGUGGUGUACGAAGCGGUGGCCCGGAGGUCCGGGGCGAAAGUAGCCGUGAAGAAACUGCGAUGCGACGCGCCGGAAAACGUGGAGCUCGCGUUGCAAGAGUUCUGGGCGCUGGCGAGCCUGGAGAAACGGCAUGAAAAUGUGGUGCAGCUAGAGGAGUGUGUGCUGCAGAGGAACGGGAUGGCUCAGAAAAUGAGUCACGGCAACAAACGGUCCAAACAGUACCUGCGGCUGGUGGAGACAUCACUGAAGGGUGAGAGAGUGCUUGGUCCUCCAGAGGAGCCUUGUUACCUCUGGUUCGUCAUGGAGUUCUGUGAAAGCGGCGAUCUCAACCACUUCAUCCUGUCUCGACGGCCCAACCCGCAAACCAACAACAGCUUCAUGCUCCAGCUGACCAGCGCCGUCGCUUUCCUGCAUGAGAACAACAUUGUCCACAGAGACCUCAAACCUGACAACAUCCUCAUCUCAGAGAAGUCAGGGACUCCAGUUCUCAAGGUGGCCGACUUCGGCUUGAGUAAAGUUUGCGCUGGUUUGGGAAACACCAGCGAAAGCAAAGAACGUGAGGACAAGAACAAAAACAUUAAUGUAAACAAGUUUUGGUUAUCAUCGGCCUGCGGCUCAGACUUUUUUAUGGCUCCUGAGGUGUGGGAGGGCCAUUACACAGCCAAGGCUGACAUAUUUGCCCUCGGCAUCAUCAUCUGGGCCAUGUUGGAGAGAAUAACUUUCAUUGACGCUGAGUCUAAGCGGGAGUUGCUUGGUACAUAUGUGAGACAAGGAGUGGACAUUGUGCCAGUGGGUGAGGCACUGCUAGAGAAUCCAAAGAUGGUACUGAACAUCCCACAGAAACGCAGGUCAUGCAUGUCCGAUGGUGUGAGGAAGCUGCUGCAGGACAUGCUCGCCGUCAACCCUCAGGACCGGCCGGAUGCUUUUGAGCUGCAGGCCAGAAUGGACCAGAUUAUGUGAGAUGCACGAGCCCUCAGCCAGAAUGUUUUACAGACUGGUGUUUGUACCGGGAGCUGCUACAUCAGUGAGGGUCUCGCUGUUUCAAUCAGAAGACUGUGAAGAUAAAGGAGAAGCAAAGAAAGCACGUUACUCCUGAAGUCUGGAUGCUGAAAUGGGAUUUUUGUUUUGUUUUUUGUUUUUUUGUUGUUAUAUUGUUUACAGUGAGGUCGUCUACCAAUUCCAUUAGUGUUUGUCUUGCUCAACAAACCAAGAAACAAUAUGUCUCAGCGGUAAGCUUGAUUAAAAAAUAGAGAUCUGGAGAAACUGCCAUUAGAAAAACAUGAUAGUGACACUUCUGAACCAUUGAUUGACUCAAGAUUUAAGCUUAAGUGCAGCAGUAGUUUCUGUAUUUAUUGACAGCAGCCUCCGUGUGUCAGGCAUUUUGAUAAUAUUUAUUAGAAACACUGGCAUCAGAAACACACGGCUACUGGAAACCUUUCUGUUCGUGUGAUAGAGUUUCUGUUAUUUUGUCUAAAACUUCAGUGAAGUCUGGUCAUAUGUCAAAUGUUUGACUUUGCUGACAGUUAAGAUUGUAUUCCCGAUGCCUGUCUCGCGGUGGUCCAUGUUGAUUACAACUUAUUGCCAUGUGUUGCCCCAGUGAGAUUUGAAGAAAACCUCCCUUUUUCUGUUGUUUAUUUUUGGUCUUCCAGAUCUGUUGGUUUACAUGAAAGUACACUGCAUAGGAGUCAUGGUAAGUUUUUAGAAGUGGGUUGUAUGAUAAGUCUUCAGUCAUGGCAUGUGUCAUUUCAUAUCGGGAUAACCAUAUAAAAGGUUUUGGCUAAUCCGACGAAUUAAGUACUUAAAAAAGUCCUGUGAAUUUAGCACUGUAAUAAAGUAGCCAUUAUUCACAGCAGUUGCUCACUAUGUCCAUAUGUAUCCAAAGCUUUUAAAGUGAUAGUUGCCUAACCAUAAUGGAGAUUGAGUACCACAUUUCAAUAGCCUCACAGUAAAAAUCAUAGUGUCACCAAACCCUGUUAGCUUGUUCUUGAUAUUUUACACCAGUUUUGUUUUCCUCAUCGUAUUCAUAUUUUGAUCUGUUUUUAACUCUACCACCUUUCCAAGGUUCACAUCGAUGUUGCAAACAGUACAUCCAUUUAAUACUCAAAUAUGCAUCUUCAGUGAAAUGUAGUCAGUAGGCUGGUUUGCACUUAAGAUGCAGUGGCUGAAUAUUCUCACUUGCUUGUUUCUAAUGGACAUGCUGGACAGACUAUUUGUUGGCAUGAUGUAAAAGCUAGUUAGUAAAUUGUAGAGUUGAUAUGUUUUCUGCCCCCUUUAGUCAUAAAAGCCUGUGUUUAAUUUUAAAAAUGUGAAAAUAAAACAAUACAUUUACAUACAUGCAUAAUACAUUUGCAAAAGCUUAACUGUGUUGAAAAGAAAAGCAGAAACAAGCCUCAACUUGAACAAGUACACAUGGAAUGGAUUGAAUAUUUUUUUAAUAAGGGGUAGGCUUGGUUGGUAUGUAAUGUUUGAUACCCUCCUAAAAUGUCAAUUUGGUUAAUGGCCAUAAGAGGGUAUAAGAGCACAGCAUUAACCUGUUGCUGGCCGCCAUCUGUUUUCAGUCCUGUAACUUAUCCCUUCACUUAUCCUUUCAUGUAAUCUUCCCUGUAGAGACUGGAGACUGGGCUCUGGUGGUGCAUGCUGUGCACUACAUACAAUGAGUCUAUACAAUAGAGAGAGGAGCACCUGUAUUUAUGACAAUAUUGGAAAACAUGCCUUUGGAAUUUCUAAAUAUCCUGGUAUACCAUGAUACUGUGAUACCACCCAAGCUUAAUAAGGAGUGUUAUCAGAAAAGAUGUUAACAUUUUCACAUGCUCAACUUUAUUUUACCCCCCUUCUCUGCCUUUGACGAGAAACCCAGUGCUGAGAAAGUUAUUUGACAGCUUGUCAUUUAAAUUUGAUUCCCACUGUAAUCUCAUUGUUAAUACCUAUGGUGCCUUGAAUUUGCUAGUCAGGUAAAAUUUGGCUCAAGAUCAGCUGCUUUGUUUUUCUUUGAUUUGGCACUCCAAACGUAUUAUUCAUGGUAUAUGGUCUUGAUAAUUGAGUGUCUGCAGUAUUUUGGGUGUAGCUAUGGAUGAGGUAUGACCCCCCACCCCCACCCCAACACACACACAAAUAUGAAUUUCCAUGUGAUUUAUUUGGAAUAGGAUAUAUUUAUACUCUGUUUUUUUUUUUUUUGUUUUUUGGUUUUUUUUUACGGAUCACUUAUUUGUUGAGUAGAAUCAUGUUUUUAAAGGGAACUGGGGAUUGAAUGUUUGAGCUUGUGAUGUUCAUAUUAAAGCCUUAUAACUGCAGUUAUUUCAUAAGCUCAAACCCUUUAAAACCUGAGCAAAUUGGUUUGAUUUCUUUAUAAAAAGACCCC